UUCGGAGGAGCAAAGACGGCAGAUAAAAAUACGUGUUUUCGAUACGGUUCUACAGCUUGAUUAAGUCUUAUGUGUUUUGUGACUUGAUUCUACUUUUCCUAUCAUUCUGUCAAACAUGUGUCAGUGUAAUGUCAGUUGUGACAGAACUUUUAGGUUAUAAUACGAUAAAAAUAUAAACAACGUUUUUUAAACAACACAUUAAAAAUGGAUUCUGAAGAGAAUAUUCAUAGAUUAGAGGCAAGCACAAGUACGAAAGGAGGACUGAUUGUGAAAAAGAAGCCCCCAACGUUUAAAGUACCCCAACCAUCUUUAUUUGGACUUGAUAAACUUGCUGCACAGAAGCGUAAGGAAAAGGAAGAUGUGGCGAGGAAAAUGUCUUUUAAUGUGGAUGAAGAGGACAAUGAAGACAAUGCACCGGGUUCUUUCAGAGGAACAUCAAAUAAAGAAAGGAAAUUCAGGACACCACAAGAGGAAACACCUACAUAUACAGGUGGUUUGACAAAAGAGGCUAAGGACAGAUUUAUGGAAAGACUAACCAAUGAUAAAUUUAAAGAAAAAGGUGUAUAUGCAAGUACCAAAGAUGAAAAAAGGAAUAGAGAUAGAGAACAUGAUAGAGAUCGUGAUCAUAGGAGGCACCGGGAUCAUGACAGAAGUGAGAGAGACCAUCAUAGAGAUAAGCACAGAAGUAGAAGUAGAGAUAAAGAUAGAGAUAGACACAAACAUGACGACCAGCACAGCUCAAGAAGAGAAAAAACACCUGCAUUCAAAGAUGAGCCAAGGACACCAAACUUAUAUAUCAAAGAUAACACAUCUAAAAGCACUUGGGAUGAAGAUGAUGAGCCUAGCUCUUUGAGGAGAUCAGACUGGGACUUUCCCACACCUGCUAGCUAUAAGGCAAGAGGUGAUUGGUCAGAGCACAGUAUAAGAUCUGCUAUGGAAAAAUCAGAUAGGAAAAGUAGUGUCAGACAACUGAAACAAGAAGAUGAUACGCCACGGCCUACGCCUGCGCACAAAUUCAACGCGUGGAUGAGAGACAGGAAGAAAACUGGAGCAACACCUGGAUUGGGCCAGGAAAAAGAUGGAGCUUUAAAAUGGGAUGCUACCGAUGAUAGAAGAGAUUGGGAAGCUGAGCAGAAGAGGCUAGAUAGAGAGUGGUAUAAUAUGGAUGAAGGAUAUGAUGAAGGAAACAAUCCAUUUGCUGGAGUGAGUGAUGAGUAUACUAAGAAAAAAGAGGAGCAGUUGGAACAAAGAAAGAAGAAAAGAUUGUCGGCUCAACAAAGACAGAUAAACAAGGACAAUGAAUUAUGGGAGAGGAAUAGGAUGUUAACAUCAGGAGUUGUACAUUCUGUUGACAUCAACGAGGAAUUUGACGAAGAAACAGUGGACAGGGUACAUCUGCUCGUCCAUAACAUUGUUCCACCGUUUUUGGACGGUCGCAUUGUGUUUACCAAACAACCAGAACCGGUGGUACCAGUUAGAGAUCCCACUUCUGAUAUGGCGAUGAUAGCUAGGAAGGGAUCGCAACUUGUGAGGAUCUACAGGGAACAAAAAGAAAGGAGGAAGGCGCAGAAAAAGCAUUGGGAAUUAGGAGGCACGAAGAUAGGAAACAUAAUGGGUAUAAAGAAAGAAAAAGAUGAAGACGAUAAAAGAUUCGACAAAGACAACGAUACGGCUGACUACAAAGCAGAUCAUAAGUUUGCAGAGCAUAUGAAAGAUACAGGAGAGGCAAGCAGCGACUUUGCCCGUAAGAAAACCAUACUCGAACAACGUAGGUAUUUGCCAGCGUUUGCGGUCCGUCAAGAACUGCUGAACGUGAUACGAGAGAACAGCGUGGUGAUCAUAGUAGGCGAAACUGGCAGCGGGAAGACAACGCAGUUGACGCAAUAUCUUCAUGAAGAUGGAUACAGCAAAUACGGAAUGAUCGGGUGCACACAACCUAGAAGAGUCGCCGCUAUGUCUGUCGCUAAGAGGGUUAGCGAUGAAAUGGGAACUCGAUUAGGUGAUGAUGUAGGCUAUGCAAUUCGGUUUGAGGAUUGUACUUCCGAAAAUACUGUUAUCAAAUACAUGACUGACGGUAUUUUGCUGCGAGAAAGUCUCAGAGAACCUGACCUUGAUCAUUAUAGUGCUAUCAUCAUGGAUGAAGCUCACGAAAGAUCGUUGAGUACUGACGUUUUAUUUGGACUUUUACGUGAUAUAGUCGCCAGGAGACACGACCUAAAGCUCAUAGUCACCUCUGCAACAAUGGAUUCCACAAAAUUCUCGAUGUUUUUCGGCAACGUUCCAACGUUCACCAUACCAGGUAGAACGUUUCCUGUAGAAAUACUCUUCAGCAAAAACGGCGUAGAAGACUACGUGGACGCGGCUGUGAAGCAGGCUUUACAAAUCCAUUUGCAACCGCCUUCUGGCGAUAUUCUCAUUUUCAUGCCCGGUCAAGAGGAUAUUGAGGUCACUUGCGAGAUUUUAGUUUUUCGUUUUUUGCAGGUCUUGGCCGAAAGGCUGUCUGAAAUUGACAACGCACCCGAGUUAUCCAUUCUUCCAAUCUACUCUCAAUUGCCCUCCGACCUGCAAGCGAAAAUCUUCCAGAGAUCUCCAGAAGGUGUAAGGAAGUGCGUCGUCGCUACCAAUAUCGCAGAAACUUCGCUUACAGUUGAUGGUAUCAUUUUCGUCAUUGAUUCUGGAUAUUGCAAAUUGAAGGUGUAUAAUCCUAGGAUUGGUAUGGAUGCUUUGCAGAUUUAUCCCAUCAGUCAGGCGAAUUCCAAUCAAAGAUCCGGCAGAGCUGGGCGUACCGGACCGGGACAAGCAUUUAGGUUAUACACGGAACGCCAAUACAAAGAAGAACUCCUCGUGACAACCGUUCCAGAGAUCCAAAGAACCAACUUGGCCAACACAGUUCUCCUCCUCAAAUCGCUUGGCGUACAGGACCUGCUUCAGUUCCAUUUCAUGGACCCGCCUCCGCAGGACAACAUUCUAAACUCCCUCUACCAACUAUGGAUCCUAGGGGCGUUGGACCACACUGGGGUACUGACAAAACUCGGGAGACAAAUGGCAGAGUUCCCCCUAGAUCCCCCUCAGUGCCAGAUGUUGAUCGUCUCGUGCGAGAUGGGCUGCACAGCAGAGAUCCUGAUUGUGGUGUCUAUGCUGUCGGUGCCGUCGGUGUUCUAUAGGCCGAAAGGGAGAGAGGAGGAGGCGGAUGGGAUUAGAGAAAAGUUCCAGGUACCGGAGAGCGAUCAUCUGACGUAUUUGAAUGUUUAUAAUCAGUGGAAGCAGAAUAAUUAUUCGUCACAUUGGUGUAACGAGCAUUUCAUCCACGUCAAAGCCAUGCGAAAAGUCAGAGAAGUGCGCCAACAGCUGAAAGACAUCGUCGUUCAGCAAAAAUUAGAAAUAAAAUCAUGCGGCACCGACUGGGAUAUCGUCAGAAAAUGCAUCUGCUCAGCGUAUUUCCACCAAGCUGCAAGACUAAAAGGCAUAGGCGAAUAUGUCAAUCUAAGGACGGGUAUGCCGUGCCAUCUACACCCUACCUCAGCCCUUUUUGGACUCGGCAACACGCCUGAUUACGUGGUCUACCACGAACUUGUCAUGACUGCGAGAGAGUACAUGAGAUGUGUCACAUCUGUGGAUGGUCAGUGGCUUGCAGAAUUGGGCCCAAUGUUCUUCUCUUUGAAGGAAUCUGGGAAAUCCGGCAGGGCCAAGAAGAAACAGGCGGCGGAACAUUUGUUGGAAAUGGAGAAUCAGAUGCAAAGGGCUCAAGAAGAGAUGAAGGCUCGCAAAGAGGCGGCAGAUAAAAAAGAGGCUGCACUCAAUAAAGGACAAGAGAUUGUUUCAGCUGGAGCCACUCCAAGGAGGACUCCGGCUAGAUUUGGAUUGUAAAAUAUGCAGGUUAACAGAGUUUGAUAAAAUUGUUUGUAUUGUGUAAAUAAAAUAUUGUUGAGACGUUAUUAAAAGUCAGUUGAUUGUCAUUCGGAGGUCGAAAACUAAUUUCUAGAUCGAUUAUUAAAAAGUAUCUGAUCCUAUAAACGGA